AGUGCCGGGCCCUGUGGGUACCGGGGCGGCGGGGUGUGAGGAGAGCGUAGUCGCGGUGCCUCCAGGUCUUUGCCCUGUCGCCGCCCGGUACCCGCCGCCAUGAAGAUCUGGACCUCGGAGCAUGUUUUCGACCACCCCUGGGAAACUGUGACAACGGCCGCCAUGCAGAAAUACCCAAAUCCCAUGAACCCCAGUGUGGUUGGUGUCGAUGUGCUGGACAGACAUGUUGAUCCUGGUGGGAAGCUGCACAGCUACCGGCUCCUCAGUACAGAAUGGGGAAUACCUUCCAUUGUGAAAUCGCUUAUUGGCACAUGCAGAACAAAGACCUAUGUUCAGGAGCACUCUGUUGUUGACCCGGUGAAAAAAACAAUGGAGCUUAAAUCCAGCAAUAUUUCAUUUACAAAUCUAGUGUCUGUAGAUGAGAGGCUUGUCUACAAACCACACCCUCAUGAUCCAUACAAAACCAUGUUGACACAAGAAGCAAUAAUAUCAGUAAAAGGUGUAAGUCUCAGCAGUUACUUAGAAGGGCUAAUGGCAAACACAAUUUCUUCCAAUGCUAAUAAAGGCCGUGAAGCAUUGGAAUGGGUAAUUAAUAGGCUGAAUGCAGAGAUUGAAGAGUUUGCAGCUUCAGCACGAGGAACCAUGAGGAAUUCAAUGGCAGCAGCAGCUUUUGUAGAGAAAUGACAGUAAAUAUACUUGUAUUACUAAGGAGCUUUAAUAAUCUGAAGCUUCUCUCCAAGCCUAAAUACAUGUAUCCUUUGUUAUUUAAAGGCAUACCUGUGUAUUAGGCAGGUUUUAAAUUUAAUUUGGAGGAAAAACUGCAUUCUUACUAAGGAGGUUGAUGGCAAAGCCCAGGUAACGUAUUGGUUCAGCUGAACCAGGUUUUGAUUAGAGAUGAAGAAAUAAUUUCAAGUGUAGUUCCUUACAGGAACACUAACUUGUAAUGUUCUCAGAUAUGAAAUAGCCUCGUUUAGUGAUGAGGCUGUAUAUGGUGGAGAAGACUGCAUGUUAGGUUAACUUCUGUGGAAUUUUUAUGUGUGUGUAUAACUUAUGGACUACCUCUUUUGGGACCAAGCCCAAAAUUAAGCAGAAUGGUUUGUUCCAUCAUUGUUCUCUUUGUUAAUUCUCUAUAGUUGUGUGAUACAACUUGGUUUAAUAGAAAGUUUAUUACUUGAUGCUUGAAAUAUGGAAGAAUGUACGAAAUAUCUUUUGAGAACCUUUUAAACUUGACUGGUUGAGAUUACAUGGUACUCAAAUUGUUUUGCAGUCAAUAUGGGUAAAACAUAUGAAGUGUCUCUUAUCUGUUAAGAUCUAAAUUCUAUUCUGAAGUGUGACAUUAGUGAGCUGGGUGUGCCAUAACUGAAAAUAAAAUCCAAUUUGAAACUCCUGUAGUAAGUAUCUCCAUUUCUAAAAGCCCACUAACUACAGAGGUACAAUAUGCAUAAAAUCUUGCAAGCUGCUAGGAUGUCUAAGAAUAGUAGGUGUUCAUUUCAGAAUUUCAAAGAAACACUUAAAGAUCUAAAAAAUCUUUGUAAAUUUGGCUUAAAAGAUACCUAAACAGGAUUAAUGAAUUUUAACAGCAUACUUGUUAAUUUGGUCAUGCUCCAAAAAUAACCUUACAUCAACUGAAUAUUGUAUUGUCCUUUAAAGUGGUUUUUAAGUCCAGAAGUUCCUUUACCUUCUGAACUAAUUUGCUCACGAUACAAGGCUCUUUAAAUGAAAACUCUGAGAAUAUAGUGUUCUACAGUUUGUGUUUGUUUCUCGGUACUCAUUGUGGAUUCUUGGUACUGUCACCAGUCAUGAGCUGUGGGAACGUAAAGGUCAGACCCUGACAUCACAUAGCACACCAGCCUGCUGGUAGUCCUGUUGACUCCAGCAGGAGCCAUCUGUCCCACGAGGAUUCUUCAGUGUGAGGGGAAAAUGGAAGGACACAGCCCUGAACAAGUUGAUGCUUGUAGUUUGGUGCCAGAGGCUCUUCCUGGAAUUUUGAUUCUAAGCUUACAAGUGAUUUCAAGACUCUCUAGUCUUUAAAAACUGUAAUGUCACCUGUCCAGUAUAUUUUAUGUUGCAUGCCAUUUCUGUUAUCAGAAUUCUCUAUUGAAUAGUGUCUGCUAUAUAGAGAACCAGAGAUUAUUUUAAGUUGUAAGCACACAAGAACGUUCUUCUGUAGGAUUUGUGUAGGGGGAAGAAAAGAGGUGUGGGGAGGUGUGUAGAAAUAUAACUUUUUAAAAUAUAACUAUUCUAAAUAUUUUUCUAAAAAGAAAUGGUUUGAGACUUACUAAAUUGAAAUCACUAAGCUUUGCCACGCUUUUAUAGGAUAUUAUUACAACUGAAAUAGCAUUUUAAUUUAAAAGGUAUACAUGAAACUUCUGCAAAACGGUACCAUCAUUUCUGAUAAAAAUACAAUGCCUGAAACUCAUUGAAAUGUUUGUUUAGCCAUUAGCACUACUUGGUAGUUUUCUUUUCCUGAUUUUUCCGCACUAAGGACUGCAUAGUAUGAACUCACAAUUUGCCUUUGCGCUGAACAAAAAAACCAACUUACUGUUUAAUAUUUGCAAGUAUUCAACAUCUUGAAAGAUCAUUGUUUUAUUCUAUUUUAUUUAUAUGCCUGCAUUCUCACUCUGCCAGAGUAUGUGGUGGUUUUUAAAUAAAACUGUAUCUGAAUUCUGGCUA